AUGGCUAGAUUAAAACAGUCUAACGAGGAAUCUACUGCUAGAUUGAAACAGGAACUAAAACAGGAAUUAAAACAGUCUAACGAGGAAUCUACUGCUAGACUUAAAGGGGAGCUAACAAAAUCAACAGACAGGUUGCAGGAAUAUCUUAAUGAAACCAGUCGAGAAUUAAGUGAUAAAAUAGAGUCUUCUAAAGUUGAAAUGCAGGAAAAAUUAGUGGGACUUAGUAAUAAGAUUGCUGAUAAUUGUAAAAGGUUAGAAGAACAUAUCCAGGAAUCGCGCGAGGAAAAAGCUCGCAUGCGACACGAUAUUCCUGACUUAUUCGAGAGACUAGAUAGUGUCAAUAUCUUAGUUGUAAAUGAAAUACAGAAAAAUAACGAUAUGUUACGAGAUGAAUUUUCUAUGCAAACAGAAACUGUUCGCAGAGAAUUAUUGGAAUCUAUUAAAGAGGUCUCUACCAAACCUGGAGAGAUUUCUUCAAUAGAUAAUGUAGAAUUAGAGACAUUAACUCAUCAAGUAGAAAAGGACCAUACCGAAAUCGAAAACAUGAAAUUUUUAAUUACUGAAAUAUGCAGUAAUCUUGAGACUGCCAAAGAUAAUAAUAUUGACGAAGGUACAGAGCGUUCACAUCGUGAACACAGUGAAGAAUCGAUAUUAGCUAAUCGCGUAUCCAAUACAGAAAUGCGGAUACAGGAAAUUACUAAACGGUUAUCGGAAUUAGAUAAUAACGAGAACAUUUCAGGUAGCAGAGGUAAUAACAUAAUCAGAGACAACAGUCGCAUCGAAUUUGCUAGCACGGACGACAACAAUAUGAAUAAGGCAAUCACGGCAAGCCAAUCCGAUGCAACUCCGUCUCUGCCAGCUAAACAAAAUCCGACUAUUUCUCUCGCAGAAUGUCUGGAUGACAUAACAACAAAUUCAAAUGUAGCAAGUCGAUUUCCUGUAUUCAAACCAGGAGGCGAACUGCACCAUAUAAUCAUUAUAAAAGCUUUUGAAACAUCAUUAUCUCCUAAAUGGAGUAAUGAAAAACGCAUUCAAUUUGUAAUAGGACAUUUAGAAGCAGAAGCUGCGGAAUGGGCAGUACUGCAUAGAAUUGAAUUCAGGGAUUGGGAUGAUUUUGUUAAGCAGUUUAAACAAAAUUAUCGGUCAAGAGGAAAACAACAACACUUAACUUUAGAGUUGUUAGACCCUCCUCCAUAUUCUAAACGGUGGAGAGCUGAAUUAAAACAGUCUAACGAGGAAUCUACUGCUAGAUUAAAAGAGGAACUAAAACAGGAAUUAAAACAGUCUAACGAAGAAUCUACUGCUAGAUUAAAACAGUCUAACGAAGAAUCUAUGGCUAGAUUAAAACAGUCUAACGAAGAAUCUAUGGCUAGAUUAAAACAGUCUAACGAAGAAUCUAUGGCUAGAUUAAAACAGUCUAACGAGGAAUCUACUGCUAGAUUGAAACAGGAACUAAAACAGGAAUUAAAACAGUCUAACGAGGAAUCUACUGCUAGACUUAAAGGGGAGCUAACAAAAUCAACAGACAGGUUGCAGGAAUAUCUUAAUGAAACCAGUCGAGAAUUAAGUGAUAAAAUAGAGUCUUCUAAAGUUGAAAUGCAGGAAAAAUUAGUGGGACUUAGUAAUAAGAUUGCUGAUAAUUGUAAAAGGUUAGAAGAACAUAUCCAGGAAUCGCGCGAGGAAAAAGCUCGCAUGCGACACGAUAUUCCUGACUUAUUCGAGAGACUAGAUAGUGUCAAUAUCUUAGUUGUAAAUGAAAUACAGAAAAAUAACGAUAUGUUACGAGAUGAAUUUUCUAUGCAAACAGAAACUGUUCGCAGAGAAUUAUUGGAAUCUAUUAAAGAGGUCUCUACCAAACCUGGAGAGAUUUCUUCAAUAGAUAAUGUAGAAUUAGAGACAUUAACUCAUCAAGUAGAAAAGGACCAUACCGAAAUCGAAAACAUGAAAUUUUUAAUUACUGAAAUAUGCAGUAAUCUUGAGACUGCCAAAGAUAAUAAUAUUGACGAAGGUACAGAGCGUUCACAUCGUGAACACAGUGAAGAAUCGAUAUUAGCUAAUCGCGUAUCCAAUACAGAAAUGCGGAUACAGGAAAUUACUAAACGGUUAUCGGAAUUAGAUAAUAACGAGAACAUUUCAGGUAGCAGAGGUAAUAACAUAAUCAGAGACAACAGUCGCAUCGAAUUUGCUAGCACGGACGACAACAAUAUGAAUAAGGCAAUCACGGCAAGCCAAUCCGAUGCAACUCCGUCUCUGCCAGCUAAACAAAAUCCGACUAUUUCUCUCGCAGAAUGUCUGGAUGACAUAACAACAAAUUCAAAUGUAGCAAGUCGAUUUCCUGUAUUCAAACCAGGAGGCGAACUGCACCAUAUAAUCAUUAUAAAAGCUUUUGAAACAUCAUUAUCUCCUAAAUGGAGUAAUGAAAAACGCAUUCAAUUUGUAAUAGGACAUUUAGAAGCAGAAGCUGCGGAAUGGGCAGUACUGCAUAGAAUUGAAUUCAGGGAUUGGGAUGAUUUUGUUAAGCAGUUUAAACAAAAUUAUCGGUCAAGAGGAAAACAACAACACUUAACUUUAGAGUUGUUAGACCCUCCUCCAUAUUCUAAACGGUGGAGAGCUGAAUUAAAACAGUCUAACGAGGAAUCUACUGCUAGAUUAAAAGAGGAACUAAAACAGGAAUUAAAACAGUCUAACGAAGAAUCUACUGCUAGAUUAAAACAGUCUAACGAAGAAUCUAUGGCUAGAUUAAAACAGUCUAACGAAGAAUCUAUGGCUAGAUUAAAACAGUCUAACGAAGAAUCUAUGGCUAGAUUAAAACAGUCUAACGAGGAAUCUACUGCUAGAUUGAAACAGGAACUAAAACAGGAAUUAAAACAGUCUAACGAGGAAUCUACUGCUAGACUUAAAGGGGAGCUAACAAAAUCAACAGACAGGUUGCAGGAAUAUCUUAAUGAAACCAGUCGAGAAUUAAGUGAUAAAAUAGAGUCUUCUAAAGUUGAAAUGCAGGAAAAAUUAGUGGGACUUAGUAAUAAGAUUGCUGAUAAUUGUAAAAGGUUAGAAGAACAUAUCCAGGAAUCGCGCGAGGAAAAAGCUCGCAUGCGACACGAUAUUCCUGACUUAUUCGAGAGACUAGAUAGUGUCAAUAUCUUAGUUGUAAAUGAAAUACAGAAAAAUAACGAUAUGUUACGAGAUGAAUUUUCUAUGCAAACAGAAACUGUUCGCAGAGAAUUAUUGGAAUCUAUUAAAGAGGUCUCUACCAAACCUGGAGAGAUUUCUUCAAUAGAUAAUGUAGAAUUAGAGACAUUAACUCAUCAAGUAGAAAAGGACCAUACCGAAAUCGAAAACAUGAAAUUUUUAAUUACUGAAAUAUGCAGUAAUCUUGAGACUGCCAAAGAUAAUAAUAUUGACGAAGGUACAGAGCGUUCACAUCGUGAACACAGUGAAGAAUCGAUAUUAGCUAAUCGCGUAUCCAAUACAGAAAUGCGGAUACAGGAAAUUACUAAACGGUUAUCGGAAUUAGAUAAUAACGAGAACAUUUCAGGUAGCAGAGGUAAUAACAUAAUCAGAGACAACAGUCGCAUCGAAUUUGCUAGCACGGACGACAACAAUAUGAAUAAGGCAAUCACGGCAAGCCAAUCCGAUGCAACUCCGUCUCUGCCAGCUAAACAAAAUCCGACUAUUUCUCUCGCAGAAUGUCUGGAUGACAUAACAACAAAUUCAAAUGUAGCAAGUCGAUUUCCUGUAUUCAAACCAGGAGGCGAACUGCACCAUAUAAUCAUUAUAAAAGCUUUUGAAACAUCAUUAUCUCCUAAAUGGAGUAAUGAAAAACGCAUUCAAUUUGUAAUAGGACAUUUAGAAGCAGAAGCUGCGGAAUGGGCAGUACUGCAUAGAAUUGAAUUCAGGGAUUGGGAUGAUUUUGUUAAGCAGUUUAAACAAAAUUAUCGGUCAAGAGGAAAACAACAACACUUAACUUUAGAGUUGUUAGACCCUCCUCCAUAUUCUAAACGGUGGAGAGCUGAAUUAAAACAGUCUAACGAGGAAUCUACUGCUAGAUUAAAAGAGGAACUAAAACAGGAAUUAAAACAGUCUAACGAAGAAUCUACUGCUAGAUUAAAACAGUCUAACGAAGAAUCUAUGGCUAGAUUAAAACAGUCUAACGAAGAAUCUAUGGCUAGAUUAAAACAGUCUAACGAAGAAUCUAUGGCUAGAUUAAAACAGUCUAACGAGGAAUCUACUGCUAGAUUGAAACAGGAACUAAAACAGGAAUUAAAACAGUCUAACGAGGAAUCUACUGCUAGACUUAAAGGGGAGCUAACAAAAUCAACAGACAGGUUGCAGGAAUAUCUUAAUGAAACCAGUCGAGAAUUAAGUGAUAAAAUAGAGUCUUCUAAAGUUGAAAUGCAGGAAAAAUUAGUGGGACUUAGUAAUAAGAUUGCUGAUAAUUGUAAAAGGUUAGAAGAACAUAUCCAGGAAUCGCGCGAGGAAAAAGCUCGCAUGCGACACGAUAUUCCUGACUUAUUCGAGAGACUAGAUAGUGUCAAUAUCUUAGUUGUAAAUGAAAUACAGAAAAAUAACGAUAUGUUACGAGAUGAAUUUUCUAUGCAAACAGAAACUGUUCGCAGAGAAUUAUUGGAAUCUAUUAAAGAGGUCUCUACCAAACCUGGAGAGAUUUCUUCAAUAGAUAAUGUAGAAUUAGAGACAUUAACUCAUCAAGUAGAAAAGGACCAUACCGAAAUCGAAAACAUGAAAUUUUUAAUUACUGAAAUAUGCAGUAAUCUUGAGACUGCCAAAGAUAAUAAUAUUGACGAAGGUACAGAGCGUUCACAUCGUGAACACAGUGAAGAAUCGAUAUUAGCUAAUCGCGUAUCCAAUACAGAAAUGCGGAUACAGGAAAUUACUAAACGGUUAUCGGAAUUAGAUAAUAACGAGAACAUUUCAGGUAGCAGAGGUAAUAACAUAAUCAGAGACAACAGUCGCAUCGAAUUUGCUAGCACGGACGACAACAAUAUGAAUAAGGCAAUCACGGCAAGCCAAUCCGAUGCAACUCCGUCUCUGCCAGCUAAACAAAAUCCGACUAUUUCUCUCGCAGAAUGUCUGGAUGACAUAACAACAAAUUCAAAUGUAGCAAGUCGAUUUCCUGUAUUCAAACCAGGAGGCGAACUGCACCAUAUAAUCAUUAUAAAAGCUUUUGAAACAUCAUUAUCUCCUAAAUGGAGUAAUGAAAAACGCAUUCAAUUUGUAAUAGGACAUUUAGAAGCAGAAGCUGCGGAAUGGGCAGUACUGCAUAGAAUUGAAUUCAGGGAUUGGGAUGAUUUUGUUAAGCAGUUUAAACAAAAUUAUCGGUCAAGAGGAAAACAACAACACUUAACUUUAGAGUUGUUAGACCCUCCUCCAUAUUCUAAACGGUGGAGAGGAAACCGCUAUGCCAGAGCUGCAAGCAAGUUGGGCAUUCAUUCAGAAAUGUCAACAGGUGACAGACGGUGGAGUCAGUGUAAAACUCGAGCCCCUGUGUUAACAGUACAGCAGCUGGUGUGA